AAACAUAUAUCCAGAAUUUAACUUGCAUUAGUGUUAAGAAAGUUAAGAAAGCUUUGUAACAGCGCUAUCGUCUGGAUAAGUCCUUUUGCGCAUUUAGACUACAUUUCCCAUAAUGCAAACCUCUGUUUUCCCUGUUACGUCAAAAAAGAGUGACAAAAUAACCGUCUCUCUAAACUAAAAAAAGUGUCUUUAAAACUGAAGCCUGGACGAAAAGGUUUAGCGUAGAGCUGAACUUUAAACAAAAGCCAAUGUCUCGGAGUAUUUUUGAUAAUCUCUCCGGCUUUUCUGGUCGUUGUUUAUAACCAGUUACAGGGAGUGUCGCUCUUUCAAAUUUCGCGCUGUUUAUUCCGCCUGUACAAAUUAGCCUGUUAGCCCUUAUAUUAGCCAUGUCCUGCUGUAGAAACACCAAGUUGAGCUAAGUUUUCCGUUUUCUACAUGUAUGCACUGUGUUCCGAGUUCAAAUGGAGGUGACGGAUAUUGGGAAUAAAGAAGAAGGUAAAAUUUGGCAUCGAAAGCCAACACAAGGGAAGGGUGUAUUAGUGACCGUGGCCCGCACUGCCCAGCAGGGCAAGACAGUCCGAUUUCUCCACGUGACCUUUGACACUACAGGGGAUUCCUUCCUUGCUGGAGAUCACCAUGGCAACAUCUAUGUCUUUGACAUCAGCAGAAACAGAUUUCGUCUGGUGCAGAAGACGGGACAGGCCUGCACUGCUCUGUCUUUCAGCCUCCGAAGGACCACAGAGUUCCUUGUGGCCAUGGCUGACUACACUAUCAAGUGCUUUGACAAGGACACCAAGCAGCUGGUCAGCUGGAUGCGAGGUCACGAGGGAGCAGUUUCGUCCAUCUCUGUCCACAGCUCAGGCCGAUACGCCAUCACCACGUCCUCAGAUACGGCCCAAUUCUGGGACCUGGACACCUUCCAGAGGAAGAGGAAGCUGAACAUCAAACAGUCUGUUGGCAUACAGAGGGUGUUUUUUCUUCCUCAAAGUAACACCAUACUCAGCUGUUUUAGUGAUGACUCCAUCUUUGCUUGGGAGAGUGACACACUGUUCUGCAAAUACCAGCUCCCCGUUCCCGACUGUGGACCUAAAAUCUCCUACAAGGCCUUUGCUGUGACACGUGAUGGUAAGAGACUGGUAGCAGGUGGGCGCUCCAACCUGCUGCACCUGUGGUGUUUGGACAGCAAACAGCUGGUUAGGGUGAUUCAGAUGCCUACCCAGAUCCGAACUGUCAGACAGCUGGAAUUUCUGCCUGACAGUUUUGAUGGGGGAGCGAGUCAGACACUAGGUGUAUUGAGCCAGGACGGUGUAAUGCGUUUCAUCAACAUUCACACCUGCAAGCUGCAUUUCCACAUGGGUUCCCCUGAUGACGCCAUCACAACUGUGACAGUCAAUCCUAAUGGCAGACAUGUGGUGGCCAUCAUGGAUAAUGGCUACAUCAAUAUCUACAGUGUCCAGAGUCUCACACGGGAAAUAAGCAAGCCUCCUCCCUCCAGAGUGGCAGUUGUCACAGACGGUGACAGAAAUCAGGACUUCUCAAACCUAAAGGUCAAAGUCAGGUCAGAGGGUGUUCAAAGACCAGGCAUGAGCUCGGGUAGGACACAAGUGAAGAUAGUUAGACCCCCUGUUGUGUCCACAGUUGACAAUAAAGAGCAGAAUGAACUACAAGCUGGUCUGAAUAAGAAGAGGCUAGUGGCUAUGCUAAAGGCCUUUGGAGAAUAUCCUGCAAAAUACAGGAUGUUUGUGUGGCGAUCUCUACUGUGCCUCCCAGAGAACCAUGCAGCAUACAGCAGUCUAACUGAUAAAGGUCUGCAUGCAGCCUUCCUCACCCUGCAAGAUAAAUACCCCAUCAAAAGUCACAAGUUACAGAGAGGACUUCAGAGGGUUUUGUCUGCUUUAGCUCACUGGGCAGCCAUCUUUGGAGAGGUGGAGUACCUUCCUCUGGUGUCCUUCCCCUUUGUCAAACUCUUCCAGAACAACCCAAUGCUGUGUUUCGAGGUGGUGGCAACUGUCAUAGUGAACUGGUGCCAGCAUUGGUUUGAGUACUUCCCUAAUCCUCCUCUGAACAUCCUGAACAUGGCAGAAAACAUUCUUGCUCACCAUGACAAGGAGCUGCUACAACACCUGGUGGACUGUGGCAUCACAUCACAGCUUUAUGUGUGGCCCCUACUGGAGACCUUGUUCUCAGAGGUUUUGACUCGUGAUGAGUGGCUCAGACUCUUUGACAACAUUUUCUCUAACCAUCCAUCAUUCCUGAUAAUGGCCUGUGUAUCUUACAUCACCUGCUGUCGUGAGCCACUGCUUCUCUGCUCCCAGAAACAGGACUUUGAGUAUUUUUUUCACCAUCGAAACAACCUGGACUUGGGGGCCAUGAUAAAGGAGGCCUACCGGCUAAUGAGCAGCACACCUGCAGACAUCCAUCCCAGGACUAUGUUGUCUGACUUUACACCACUGACCAAUGGUCAGUACCCAGUGUUUAACCAGUACCCAGAAUUCAUAGUGGAAUAUCAGAGCCAGGAGAGGGAGAAGAUCCGAUUGCAGGAGAUGGAGUAUAUCAGAGAGAGGCAGGAGGUAUCUGCUGUGCGUGCAGAUUUUGUGCGUCGUCAAGCUGAAGAGGAAGCAUUUCACAAACAACAGGAGCUGCUACAGAAGGCAGAGGAACAGCGCAGAAACAUCUUGGCACAAGAAGAGGAAAAACUAACACAGCAGAGGGCAAAGUUGGCAGCCAUGAAGAGAGAGCUCAAAGUGAAGGAGUUACUGCUGCUGGACGCAACUAGAAGACGCUUCCUCAAACACCAACAGGAACUGAGAGCCUCACAGAUACAAAGACUAGACCAUGAGAUCAGUAGAAAGACAGAUCUCAGAGAGCGAGAAACGGCUGCAGCGGUCCAGGAUCUGGAGGUCAGACAGAUGGAGCUAGAGGCUCAGAGGAGGCAACUUGAACAACACCUGCUGAAGGAGCAGGAGCGCACGGGACAGGAUUUGGAGGAGGAGUAUGAGUUGAGGAUGAGGAAGGCAGAAAGAGAUGAGCAGAGCUUCAUAGAGCUGCUGCAUCGCAAAGAGGCAAACGUGCAGGUCCUGGAGGAGUCCCUGACGGAGGCAUGCCAGCUGGGCCUGGAGUCAGACUGGCAGAGAGAUGUGGCGGAGCGCCUGCAGCAGGCCGACGCUGAGAAGGAGAGGAGGAGGGUGAGACUGGCAGAGCUUCACAGGCAAACCCUGGCACAGGAGGAGAGAUUGACUGACACCAUGAGAGAUGUGGCAGGAAGACAGUGGGAUGAAGUGAUGACUACUAGGGCCCAGUUACAGGAGCAACGACAGCCCUGUUCUUCAAAAGACACAGAUGGCCGUCGACAUACGAGGAUGAGUUCACUAGGUUUCUUCAGAGGACUCGCUCACAGACCCAGCACCACCUCUGCUGUUCCUGUUGGAACCACUGGUGCUGGUCAGGGGGUCAAACCCAACACUGUCACCACUCCAAGGCAGACUGGAACCAACAUGCUGUGUCUGAACAGCAGUUCACCUUCAGAGAGCAACACCGCCACCAACUUCUCUCUAGACAGAGGCCGGGCCCAGCUGGACAGCAGCGAGAGAGAACUGCUAAAGGAAAUCAGAGAAUUGAGACAGAAGUUGGCGGCCAGAGUCAGAGAGAGCAGCUCUGCCUCCUCACAGUCUGUUCACACACUGUCCUCUGUCUCCCAAUGACCACAAACUGCUGAGUGUCUUCAAUAGGGCCACAAAAACAUACUUUCAUGUUAAGUUAGCUACAUCAACAACCACUAUCUCAUAAGAAACAGUCUAAUGAAUGACUAUCACACUCAUGUGUAGUUAAUGUUCAUUUUCUAUUCUAUUUUAUAUGGACUCACCCAGUUUAUCCCAUUCAUGUGCUUGUACUCCAUUUUGGAUUUGUAUAAUUUUUUGAUUAUUAGUCUUAUUUAAAACCCAUUGUGGAUAAAAUGUUUUUAAAAAUCAA